UCUUCCUACUCCUGUCCUUCAGAAAUUUCACUGGCUUGCUUACCUACAGCAUUCAAGAUUCAUGGAACCAGCAAAUCAGGAAUUCCAAUCUACCUGAUUUUACCCACCGAGUUUUGCCAGGCUCUCCGCAGAUGACCUAAUCUCUACUUCUCUUGCUGAGAAAACCAGGAGCGCUUCUCAUUCCAGAGAAUCUGUGUAUCCUAGUUCCUGGUUGCUGCUCCUUGCUUUAAUCUACCAAGCUCAGAAAUACUAGCCACCUGCUUCCUCGUCACCACGUACCACAAUGAGCUGCAACGUGCUCCUCUUUGGACUACCUGCCUUGGGAAUCUAUGCGCUGGUAUCUCACUGUCUUCGGAAGAAGCCACAUCUACUUCACAAACCGCGCAGGUUUCCCGUUCGAUGCUUGCAUGUCUCCCACAGGGGUGGUGCUGGAGAGCAGAUUGAGAACACUUUGGGCGCCUUUAAAAAUGCACUGAGCCAGGGGACAAACCUGCUUGAACUCGAUUGCCACAUAACCAAAGAUGGGAUUGUGGUUGUGUCCCAUGAUGAAAAUCUGAAACGCCAGACAGGGCACAACGUUGAUAUCAGCCUCACAUACUAUAAGGAUUUGCCACAUUAUCAGUCUUCUCUGGAGGUGACAUUUUCUCCAGGGAGCUUCGCCUCUGGCACUGAUCAUCAGAUUCCUCGUUUGGAAGAGGUUUUUGAGCAGUUCCCUUCAGUCCCGAUUAACAUUGAAAUUAAAGAGGAUAAUGAUGAGCUCAUUAAUAAGGUAGCACAUCUUGUCCAGACAUACCAUCGUUCCCACAUCACCAUCUGGGCCUCCAUCCAUGAUGGAACACUUAAAAAAUGCCACAAAGCUAAUAAAGACAUGCCCUACAUCUUCUCCAAGAAGAGAGUCAUCGUCAUGCUUUGUCUCUGGUAUCUUGGACUCCUGCCCUUCUGCCCUCUGAAGGAAUCGUUCCUUGAAUUCGUGCUGCCCUCGAUCAUAAACAGGACUUAUUUUCCAGUGAAAAAGGGAAGACUUGGAUCACUACUGGCAAAAUUUACCACCAAGGUGGCAAUGCAUAAACAGCUGUUCAAACAUCUGGAAGACAGAGGAAUACAAGUUCUUCUUUGGGUUUUGAAUGAAGAAAAAGAGUUUGAAGAAGCCUUUAGCUAUGGAGUCUCCGGAAUCAUGACUGACUACCCAACUCUCCUUCGACAUUACCUGAAUGCUCACCCGCCACCACCUUCCCUUGCAUAAAUUGUUACGCUAUUUUAGAAUCAUCGUUGACAUUUCUGGUGGGGAAUGGAGAGAGAAAAAGGAGAUGAAUGUAAAAGAUAGGAAGCUCAAAGUGUAUUUUACCUGUGUAUGCUGUAAUUUUGAAAAAAAAAAUAACAAUUUUGUUACCGGUGUGGGGCAUUUUCAGUAGCUGACUAACAUAUUACAUACUGAAGCAAGGGACUGAAGAUAAUGCGAGGCUAUUGUUUUGCUACAAUCCUGCUUGUAGAACACUGACAUUUUCAUUAUUCACCUCCUGAAUAAUCAGUAGAAAAAGACAAAGGGGGAGGACAAUUCUCUUAUUAACACUCAGCAAAACAAAUAAAGAU